AUGAUUCGAGAGUUGUUAGGAGAAGAUGAAGAGAGGAAGAAGAAAAUUACUUUCCUGGAUAUUACUGCAUCACAUGAAAUCAUUAAGGGUACAAAUGAAGGAGCCAUGAACAAGCUGAACAUAAACGUCUCCUAUGGAGGGAAAAAGGAAAUUUUUAACUGUACAAAGCAAGAAAUCAUUGGUCUAAUUAAAAAGCAUUUUUGUCUCAGUGGAGAAGUUGAGUUAUAUAAACGUUUUAAGGAGACAAAAGAAAGAAUAGAGCCUCAUAACAUUAAAGACCUUAUGGCCAUAGAAGUUGAGCUGAAAAAACGGACUCGAUCUGCUCUGAAUGGACAUGCUAGGUUCCAUGAAGACUAUGAAAUAGGUGAACCUUCUAAUAACGCUACAUAUCAUGAACUUAUGAUUAAGAAGCUUUUAGACAAUAAAACGCUGAAUGGCAAAGAAAGAAUGGAUGUUAUAGGCAUGAUUCGAAAUCGAAAAAUAUUACAUAAAUCGCGAAAGAGGAAAAGAAAGGAGAAAACACCGCGGGAAGAGGUUCCAAUGCUUCAUAAAAAACUACAAGUUUGUCUUCGUGAUGUCAAAGAUUCAAGUGCUCAAACAGAUCCCAUUAGGCUGGAAAGUCUUAAUGACUCAAUUAGCGAAGACGAUUUGAUUAUAAAGAUGAAAAAGAUGAGCUGCUGGAAUACAAAAAAUAUAGCUGCAAAGAAACUUAUGCAGAAAACAUUCAGUGAACGACAAAGGUACAUUUAUUCAAAGAGACCGCCAGCUAAGAUGACGAGAGAGAUUUAUCCUCUAUUGUUUUCAUUAGAAGAAGUCAAAAAUGAGCUUGAAAGAAUUUUUAAUUUUGGAAAAUGUCGAGAAUUCUUAAAGAAUGUUCAAAAGUUUUCUGGGUGCAUUUUGGAAAAUGCUAGGGAUACUGCACUUUGUAAAAUUGCAAGAAAAAUUAUUCAAAAGUCUGAGACGGAGGAGCAAAGUAAAUAUGCCUUGCAAGUUGGAGCUUUGCUGUGUUUGCCUGUAGCGUUACGUGAAGAAGCAAGUUUUUUAAGGCUAAAGAAUCAGGCUAAUAUAUGUGGUGAAUAUCCUUACAUCCAUGCACCUACACUGGACCUGGAGGAUGUGUUUCUUUUGCAAGAAAGAGCUGUUUUCAAAAUUGUGGUGGAAGGAAUCACUCUCUGUACUACUGCAUUAUUCCCUGAAGCAAUCCUCUGUCUGAUGGCAAGCUUUUACAUUUUCAACAUCAACUACACUCCUGCUACCUACAGGACUUACGUUGCCAUGGAGAAACUAUUUUUAGAGGGUAACGAAACGGAGGAGGUAGACGGGUUCACUUCUCAAUUGAUAAAAUACUUCAAGCUGAAAGCUAAAUGACACGAUCUCUUGCCUGACUUCUGGUAGUUUCUCGUAAAGAAUGUAACUUUUGGUUUUAUCAUGAAAACUGUACAUGUCUGGAAGCACUUGAUUGUGGAUUGU